AUGGCUCUAGCAACCGCCGCCUCCGUAACACUAGCCGCGUACCUCAACGCCAAAUUCCACAUAGCAAAAGACGUCAAAAGCCUCCUGAUCGCCAAACGCUCCUUCCGGCGCCAUGACCAAGAAGCAGCUAAAGGCAAGCUAAACGCCUGGUAUGUCUUCGACGCAUCAGUUUCCAAAUACCCGGAUAUGCUGGCAAUCUGGUCGCGCGAAGGCACAUACACAUACCGCGAGACAUACGAGCGAGCAUGCCAGUACGCGCACUUUUUUCUCUCAAAGGGCGUGAAGCGCGGCGAGCUCGUCGCCCUCUAUUUACAGAAUAGACCGGAGUUUGUGUUUGCGUGGCUGGGGCUGUGGAGUUUGGGGUGUGCACCGGCGGCGAUUAAUUAUAACCUUACGGGAGAUGCACUGCUGCAUUGCUUGCGAAUUAGUGGGGCGAGACUGGUGCUUGUUGAUGAUGAUUCAGGGUGUCGCGAGCGGAUUGAGGGUGUGCAGGAGGUGCUUGGUGGGGAGUUGGGGAUGGAGAUUGUUGUUGUUGAUGAGAAGCUCAAUGUCGAUGUGAUCCCGAGAUUCCCUGGAACUGUUCCUGAGGAGGGGGCGUUGGCGUUGGAUACCCCCGGGGAGUACCCGUCCAUCCUGCUGUAUACGUCUGGGACAACGGGUAAUCCGAAAGGAUGCGCGUACACCGUGUCGAGGCUGUACCAGACGUUUGUCCUGCGCCGUGAUAUGAUGGGUGAUACGGACGGGCCGGACGGUGAUAGAUGGUACUCGUGCAUGCCGCUGUACCACGGAACGUCUGCAAUAUCGCUUAUUACGUGCCUGAGUACAGGGGUAUCGAUAGCGAUUGGGCGCAAGUUCAGCGUGCGACAGUUCUGGAAAGACAUCCGGGACUCGGACGCCACGGCCUUUGUGUAUGUGGGCGAAGCAGCGCGGUAUCUGCUUGCGGCGCCGUCGUCGGCACUGGACAAAGAGCACCGCGUGCGAAUUAUGUAUGGGAACGGGCUGAGACCUGAUAUCUGGGAGCGCUUCAGAGAGCGUUUUAAUGUGCCCGAGGUCGGGGAGUUCUUUAACAGUACGGAGGGCAUAUUCGCGCUGUUUAACUAUAACAAGGGACCCUUUACGGCUGGCAGCGUGGGACACCAUGGUCUAAUUGUCCGGCUACUAAUGAAUAACACUUUCGUUCCUGUCGUGAUUGAUCCGAAUACGGGGGAUGUACUUCGAGACCCAGCUACAGGGCUUGUGGUUCGUGCCCCGUAUGAAGUCGGUGGUGAAAUACUCGUCAAUGUCCCAGGGAAAGAAGCAUUCCAGGGUUACUGGGCGAACGAAGAAGCCACGAACAAGAAAUUUAUCCGAGACGUUUUCAAGAAGGGAGAUAUCUACUACCGUUCUGGUGAUGCACUCAGACGACAAUCGGACGGACGGUGGUACUUCCUAGAUCGACUAGGCGACACCUUCCGGUGGAAGAGUGAGAACGUCGCAACAGCCGAGGUCUCCGAAAUCCUCGGCGCAUACCCAGCCAUCCUCGAGGCAAAUGUCUACGGCGUCACAGUCCCCAGCCAUGAAGGCCGUGCGGGUUGCGCCGCUCUCCAACUCAGACAGGGAACCACAGGUGCCGACCUCAAAGACUUAGCUCGGUUCUUGCGUGCCCGACUCCCCAAGUACGCUGUGCCAGUGUUCCUGCGCGUUGUGGAGAACUCGACGCACACGGACAACCAUAAGCAGGGGAAGGUAGCGUUGCGUGAGGAAGGGGUUGAUCCGGGGAAGCUUGGGAGUAAGGUGAGUGAGGGUAAGGACGAUCGGUUUUUUUGGCUGUUGCCAGAGGACGACGGGUAUAAGCCGUUCGGGGGCGCUGAGUGGGGGUCGAUCGUUGAUGGGACGGUUAGGUUAUAG